CGCUGUUUGGCUGGCCGCCGGGCCCGGCCUUGCGUAGCUCCGUUAUGGCGGCUGAGAGCGGGCGGCAGUUCUGGAAGCGGAGCGCCAAGCUGCCGGGCAGCAUUCAGCCUGUCUAUGGAGCACAGCAUCCUCCACUGGAUUCCCGCCUCACCAAAAACUUCAUCAAGGACCGCUCCAAAGCCAACGUGCUGCCUAUGAAAAGUAAGAAGGCCUCCAGCUUUCAUGAGUUUGCCCGCAGCACCAGUGAUGCCUGGGACAUCGGUGAUGAUGAAGAUGAAGACUUCACUUCCUCUUCUUCCUCUUUGCAAACUUUGAACUCUAAAGUGGCCAAGGCCACAGCUGCGCAGGUCCUGGAGAACCACAGCAAAAUGCGGGUGAAACCUGAGAGGACCCAGCCUGCUCUCAGUGACGUGCCCACCAACUGCAAGGUCAACAAGUCCAGCAGCGAGGCCCAGCUCUCCAGGAUGUCUGAGGAGACCUGUGUGCGGACCCCCCUCCAGAAGCAGCAGUCCCUCCCCCUUCGGCCUGUCAUUCCACUUGUUGCCCGAAUCUCCGACCAGAAUGCGUCAGGUGCUCCCCCCAUGACAGUGAGGGAGAAAACCCGCCUGGAGAAAUUUCGGCAGCUCCUUUCCAGCCAUAACACGGACCUGGAUGAGCUGAGGAAAUGCAGCUGGCCUGGCGUGCCCAGAGAGGUCCGGCCUGUGACAUGGCGUCUCCUCUCAGGUUAUCUCCCUGCAAACAUGGAGCGUCGGAAGCUGACCUUACAGCGCAAGCGGGAGGAAUACUUUGGCUUCAUCCAGCAGUACUACGACUCCCGGAAUGAGGAGCACCAUCAGGACACGUACCGACAGAUUCACAUCGACAUUCCAAGGACCAACCCACUCAUCCCCCUCUUUCAGCAGCCGCUUGUCCAGGAGAUCUUUGAAAGAAUCCUGUUUAUAUGGGCCAUUCGACACCCAGCCAGUGGCUAUGUACAGGGAAUCAAUGACCUGGUCACUCCAUUCUUUGUUGUGUUCCUCUCUGAGUAUGUUGAAGAGGACGUGGAGAACUUUGAUGUGACAAACUUGUCACAGGAUGUUUUACGGAGCAUCGAAGCUGAUAGUUUCUGGUGCAUGAGCAAACUGCUGGAUGGGAUACAGGAUAACUACACCUUUGCACAGCCAGGGAUCCAGAAGAAAGUCAAAGCUCUGGAGGAGCUUGUGAGCCGGAUUGAUGAGCAGGUACAUAAUCACUUUAGGAAGUACGAAGUUGAAUACCUGCAGUUUGCCUUUCGUUGGAUGAACAAUCUGCUCAUGAGGGAGCUGCCUCUUCGCUGCACAAUCCGCCUUUGGGACACCUACCAGUCAGAGCCAGAGGGGUUCUCGCAUUUCCACCUCUAUGUCUGUGCCGCCUUCUUGAUCAAGUGGCGGAAGGAGAUCCUGGAUGAGGAAGACUUCCAGGGCCUUCUAAUGUUGUUACAAAACCUGCCGACGAUACACUGGGGCAAUGAAGAAAUCGGGCUCCUCCUUGCUGAAGCCUACAGACUCAAGUACAUGUUUGCAGACGCUCCCAAUCAUUACCGCCGAUAGGUGCCAGGACUCAACUCCCUCCUCUGCCCACCUCCUCCUCCUGGCCCAUCUGAUCACUGUGGCAUUUUGUCAUCCACGUCCUCGGAUGCUUCAGCUGGGAGCUGCUCUUCGCUGUACAAAGCUCACGUUGACUCAACUCUUCUGCGUGCCUGUCUGCCACUCCACACACCUGGAUGUGCCACUCCAACCACUGUCAGUAUUUCACUCUGUGCUGGGGGCCUGAGCCAGGGAGAGAAGCUUGAAGGGGCAGGGGACAGCUCUACAGAUAACUGAGCUCUCCCAGCCCUGCCUUGGGCUUGUCCAGCUGCUGGUUGCCUUGCUAUGCUGUGACACGUUUGCCCACUGCUGCACCUGUGUACACACAUGCUCGUGCCUCACAUGUGUGUGCUGCCCCGUCUGCUCCCUUCUCUCUUCAGCUGCAGUUUGAUCCAGCUCCCAGACAAAAAUGCCUUAUCAGUGACUGGCUGGAGAACUUCCCUGGGGCUGCAGGGCGAGAAGUUUCUCAGGGCCCAGCUUCAUUCCUCAAGCCUUGUGGGUUCAUGAGGGAGCUGCUCCCACCUGCCCUCUCCUCUCCCUCCUCUUUGCCUUUCUUCAGGUGUGAGACAGCGUGGUGGCACGGUGGGGUUAACCCCCCCCAUGUGCUCUGCAUGAUGCACACCGCUGUGACGAGACGCUCUGAUGUGCCAUCGGCGGGAGGGCAGCAGGGGGACUUCUGAAACUCCUUGCACAGCCCCCACUCUUCCGAGGCGUUCUGUGUAUAUUGUGUUCUUGUGUAUAUGGGUCAGAGAUGUACAAUAUAUGUCCUCCAUUUGUAGCAGAUAUGAUUUUAUAUUUAUAACGUGGGUCCCUCGUUCUCCCUGUCCUCUCCAUGGCCUCCCACCUCCCCUCUGGAAGUGGGGUGAAGUCAGAGCCACGGGUAUUUCUGCCCUGACGUGUUUGGAGUGUUGAGUUGGUCAGGAAGAUGUGUGUCAGAAACGUGCAUCUCGAGGCUUCCCCUGCAACGAGGAGCGUGGGAGUUGGAAGGGGAUGGGAGCUGAGAGCAGGUUGAGGAGAUACAGGGUAUGGUGCUGCAGGGCACCAUGGUGCCAGUGCCACCAGUGGGCUCUUGAGCACCAAAGAUCCCCAGUGCGGUGCUGGCUGUGCCUACUGCUCCCCACAGUGCGGAUGCAUCCUCCGAGAGAACGCAGCCAGAAACCACCCUGGGUUCUUAAAUGAAACCAAUUGUGAAUGUUUUAUCAGGCUGGUUUCCUUCUGUCUCCCUCCUGCGGAGGGCUGCAGGGGGGGGGAGAAAUAUGACCCCCACAUUUCUUGGGGCAGAACAUGGAGGUGCCCUGUGGGAAGGGGCAGCAGGGGCUGAGCAUGUGAAAAGCAGAGCCUUGUUGCCAAUAAAACUCCAGUGUCUCAAGAAACUGCUUUCCUAUUCCAGAGUUGCUUUUUUCUUCUUGGGCAGUUAGACUUCUCCUUUAUUUCAGUGUGCACCUUCUGUGGUUUCUCUGAGCCAGACCUUUGCUGCUCUUUGGCAGUUUGACAUAACUCAUUAAAAAAAGAAAAAAAUAUCAACAGAAGCUCGGGCUGAGCGCAGGACGGGGUGGUCUGGCACCUGCUUGUGUGUGGACUGCACAAAAGCUCCUUCAUUGCCCCCAGGGCCUUCGGGUAAGUCACAUUCCUCCCUCAUGCCUUAUUCUCCCUCUCCACAAAACCCUUUAGCACCAUACUAAGGGAAAGCACUAAUUGUCUGAGAGUUGAAGUCACAGCAUAGUCCCUGCUCCCUCCCCUCCCUAAAAAAAAAAAACACAAAAACCUGAGACCCUACAAAGUCACUGUAAGAUCUCUGCUCUUGUGAUUUUAAUCCUUUCCCUAUGGCUCCUCACUUUCAUUUCCUAUAUUUCUGGCUCACAGGGAGAAGCUGGGGGCAGUUGCUGAUGGUUCCAGGCACGGGAGAUGCCAAUGUCAUGGAAACUUUUUAUCCACUGAAUAAUUCAGUAAGUCAUAAUUUCAUUUGUUCAAGGACAAGGAAGAAAUGAUGAAGGAGGUGGAGGGAAGGUUUUAUUAGUAUGUAAUAAUCCCACCCAAAAAUGGCAUCAGGGAAGUGCAGGGGCAGGCACUGAUGUAGGGCUGCAGAGAACUGCUUUUCAGACCUUCCCUAGGAGGAAGCUGCAGGGAGCUUGAUCCUUCUUGCAACAGGUGGAAAACAUUAACAAAGAUGUUAAUAACUCACCUUUUACUGCAUUCUUAUGUCUUCAUAUACACUGCAGGUGUAUGCCAGGCAGCUGUGCACCACAACACCCUCCUGGCUACAGAAACUGUCCUUCAUUCAUUCUGCUGGGUCAGGUCACACAUGUGGAGGGAAAAGGAGAAGGUCUGGAAUCUGCACAGGGAGAAGAAUGCUCCUCAGGGUAGAGUGAUGCUCAGAGAGCCACACUGGAGCACCUAGCUCCCAUCUCCAUCUGUUGGAGGACUCUGCCUGUAUCCUGGUGCUGCAGGAGCCCCCAGACCCACAAGCAGAGCCCAGAGAUGGGAUUCACACCCCACAUUCCCACUUCCCAUCCCUAUGGGGCUCUGCAGCCACCCCAGGCCAAGGGCUGCCAGAUGGGUCCCCUCCUGCAGCAAGGAACAAACUCACCUGCAGGAGGCACUGUGAGGCCACCCUCCCUCCAAGUCCUCCUUCCCUUUGUUCCUCUUCACAGCUGCUUCAUGCCUGCAUCAGCCCAUGUGUGUCAGCUGCGCAGCAGCAGGUGGGCUGAGCUCCCUCUGCUAAAGGGGGGAGAAAAGAGUGAGUGGGAACGGCAGUGCCUGAUCAGGAACCAGGGAGCCCUGCUCUGCCUCCACUUCCCCCUCAGCAGGGAUGUGGCACUGAGCAGAGCCUUCACACAUCCACAGCACCUGCUGCCAUCACUGCCUACCCAAAAAGCACAGCAGCAGAAAUCCUUUGUUUAAUACUGUAGAACAUUUAUUUCUCAGAGAGAAAAUAUAGUCUCAGACAGUCAGAUUAUAGUAGGUAAAAUUAGCAUUUUUUUUCUUUACAAGCAUAGAUUUUCUUAUUACCUCUCUUAUACCAUCUGAUAUAAACAAUUCUAGAAAGCAAAUAAACUCACUUUCUACAAUAAAUAGAGCAAUCUGUGCUUUACAGCAGUGACAGUCACGUCUCGGGCCCGUAGCAAACAGCAGAUCAGCCACUUCCCGUUCUGAAAUGUCAUUUAAAAACAACCAACCAAAAAAAUAAUAAUAUCCCAGAUUCUGAAAACGUACACAGGUCACAAGUCCACAGCUGCGUUACCACCCAGAGAAGUGUAUGUUCCUUUAAGUUACACUGUGUGCAUAUAAAAGACCCAGCGACACGACUGAGGACUUCAAGAACGGUGACAGUAAGUCUCAAUAACUUAGAGCAGUACUGUACAACUAUAUACAGAACGUCCUUCCCUCGCCACACCCCAGGGGCAUUAUUUCUAUUUUUACAAAAUCCUAUGCCCCGUCUCUGCAUGUUAAAGGAAUCUUCCUUAAAGUGUGGCUCCGCGUCCCAAUGUAUAAGAAUUGGUAUUUCUAAAAAAGUAGACCACGUAGAAAUGGCAGUGAUUACUCCCCACUAUUCAGUAUUAUUAUUUUGACCCCACAUUCUCUUCAGUAUGAAAAAGUUAAAAUAAUAAAAAAAUAUCGAGUUAAAAAGCA